CUGCAUCCCAAACACAUGUACAUUCGGGCGCAGGUUCAAAAUUCAGCGAGUGCCGAGGCCCGAGUAUCUGAGGGAGUGUCGCGGCGAGCAGUCGUGCUGUGCCCGCCAAUCGAGGCGCCGAGACCACGCAACCGACCACGACUCACAGAAUUUAACAUCAUGUUUAAAUGGGCAGUUUUCGCUGUCCUUGCUCUGGGGAGUGUGCUCGGCCCAAUGAGAGAAGUUGAAGCUUCAGCAGCUUAUGUACCAACAGUCCAACAAGUGAAGAAGUAUCUCAGUGAGAGACUUUCGGCGCCAGUCUCGAAGCAGGGAGUAGUAAAAGAACGGGAAGAACGAGAAGUCAGGCGAAACAUCACAAUAAUCGGAGAUGACUUCGUGAUAGAUGGCAAACCGGUGAGGAUCGUGUCUGGCUCCCUGCACUACUUCAGACUGCCGGCCACGUACUGGCGCGACCGGCUGCGGAAGCUGAGAGCGGCUGGACUUAACUCUGUGGCCACGUAUGUCGAAUGGAGUUACCACGAACCAGAGGAGCGACAGUACUCAUUCACAGGGGACCAGGACAUCGUCAACUUCAUCAAAAUAGCCGCCGAAGAGGGGUUGUACGUACUCCUGCGAGUGGGACCCUACAUCUGCGCAGAAAGAGAUCUGGGUGGUUUUCCGUAUUGGCUGCUAGGAAAAUACCCGACUAUCAAGCUACGUUCUACAGAUCAAAAUUUCAUCGAAGAAUCGAAAAUAUGGGUCGACAAAUUAUUCGAACAAGUAAAACCAUUAUUAUAUGGAAACGGUGGACCAAUAAUUCUAGUUCAGGUGGAAAACGAGUACGGUAGCUAUGGCCGCGACAUGGCGUACAAAGUCCAGGUGCGUGAUAUGUUGCAAAAGCACGUGGAGUCAAAUGCGAUCCUCUACACUACCGAUGGAUUCUCGCCCUCAUACUUCAUAGCUGGAGCAGUUCCUAACACACUCACUACUAUAGACUUCAAUCCUGGAAUAAAUGUGACCAGUGCAUUUGCUGCGUUGCGUCGGUUCAUGCCGCAUGGACCUUUGAUGAAUUCAGAAUUCUACACGGGCUGGUUGACGCACUGGGGUGAAAAUUUCGCUCAAGACAGUGCUGAAAAAGUUGUUCAGACAUUGGGCGAGAUCCUUGACCACGGCGCUAGUGUCAACUUCUACAUGUUCUUUGGUGGCACCAAUUUUGGAUAUACUGCCGGGGCAAAUCACUUCGGUACUUACAUAUCAGAUAUCACAUCAUAUGACUACGAUGCUCCCCUGAGCGAGGCAGGAGACCCCAAUGCUAAAUAUUUCAUGAUAAGGGAAAAACUAAAGCAGUACAAUCUUGUAGACGAAACUAUUGCACUGCCCCAAAUAAGUGCAAAAGGUUCCUACGGUCCAGUCAAUGUUACUUUAUCUAUGUCCCUUCUGAGUGAUAUUGGACGUUCUGUGUUGGGUAAAAAAUAUAAAGAUGUUAGCGGCGACGUUCUUCCCACAUUCGAAGAGCUACGCCAAAGAGGAGGACUGAUUUUAUACGAGACCAAGGUGUCCGAAUUCGAGGACCUGUUAACUAUUAAAAAGCCACAUGAUAUUGUUUACGUAUUUGUUGAUGGUGUUUUGAAGGGUCACAUUAGCAGGCUCCACAAGAUCUACAGCUUGCCACUGGCAGCGAAGAACGAUUCCGUAUUAUCGCUGUUGGUUGAAAAUCACGGUCGUAUUAAUUACGGGCCCAUACGCGACUAUAAGGGUAUUCUAAGCAAUGUGGAAGUCGGUAAGAAAAUUCUAAAUGGCCAAUGGACCGUCACUGGCUAUCCCUUAGAGACAUUUUCCACAUCGACCAAUGCAACGCAAAACGCUAUUCAAGUGAUUCCUGCUUUCUAUGAAGGUUAUCUAAUUCUGCCGGAAGGGCAAGAAGCUUUGGAUACAUUCCUUGAUACGACGGGAUGGGGAAAGGGCUACGUAUGGAUAAAUGGGCGAAAUCUCGGCCGGUACUGGCCGGACGCUGGUCCUCAGAUAACCUUAUACGUACCUGGCGUGUGGCUUAAUAAAUACCCAAAACGAAAUCACCUUCAAAAGAUGGUAGAAAAAGAUUUGAAUUGUGCCGUGGGGCCACCAUGCAGCCUCGUUUUAGCCGACGGGACGGUCUUCCAAGGAAGAAGUUUUGGGGCCCAAGUUCCCAUGGAUGGAGAAGUUGUUUUUCAGACUGGUAUGGUUGGCUACCCGGAGUCGUUGACCGACCCCUCGUACCACGCGCAGUUGUUGGUGCUCACCUACCCGCUAGUCGGCAACUACGGUGUCCCCGACGAGGACGAGCAGGAUGAACACGGAUUACCUAAAUGGUUUGAGUCCAACCGCAUUUGGGCAGCCGGGUUGAUCGUAGGCGAGAUAAGCACUCGUGCUUGCCACUGGCGUGCCAAGCGAUCCUUAGGAUCCUGGCUGGCAGCCCGCGGAGUGCCAGGCAUCUGUGACAUAGACACUAGAGCCCUGACAUUCCGUCUUCGAGCCGGCGUCACGCUAGGCAGAAUUGUACAAGGCGUCCCGCCCUUUGGACCAUUACCGGCACUUACAGAUCCUAAUAUAAGGAACUUGGUGGCAGAAGUUUCUACUAAGAAAACUACAGUGUACAACCCUUCAGGCGAAGUAACAAUCGUAGUUGUAGACUGUGGUUUAAAGUACAAUCAGAUUAGAUGUCUGAUAAAAAGGAACGCUAAAGUGAUAUUGGUUCCUUGGGAUCACGACUUUACCUCGGAUCAGUACGAUGGUUUGUUCAUCAGCAACGGUCCAGGUGACCCUAUCAAAUGCAAGAAGGUCGUUGACAAUCUACGUACUGUUAUCAACAAGAAAACAAAUAUGAAACCAGUUUUUGGUAUUUGUCUCGGACAUCAGUUACUGUCUACUGCUGCUGGUUGUACUACUUAUAAGACCAGUUACGGCAACCGUGGACACAAUUUGCCUUGCACACACAGUGGCACUGGACGCUGUUUUAUGACAUCUCAGAAUCACGGAUUCGCUGUGGAUGCCAAUUCGUUACCGGAACAUUGGAAAGUUCUAUUUACUAAUGAGAACGAUAAGACCAAUGAGGGUAUUAUUCAUGACACAUUACCUUUCUUCAGUGUUCAGUUCCAUCCAGAGCACACAGCUGGACCCACCGAUUUAGAAUGUCUCUUCGAUGUAUUCGUGGAUGCUGUGAAAAGUUACAAAAGCAAUGCUUCGUUUAACAUCGACGAGGUUAUCACAGAAAAACUCAAGUUUGUUCCUACCAUUCAGGAAAGACCUAAAAAGGUGCUCAUUCUUGGCUCUGGGGGCUUAUCAAUCGGCCAAGCUGGGGAAUUCGACUAUUCAGGAUCACAAGCUGUUAAGGCUUUACAAGAGGAGAAAAUCCAAACGGUUCUGAUUAAUCCAAAUAUUGCAACUGUACAAACGUCAAAAGGAUUAGCCGACAAAGUGUAUUUCCUUCCUAUUACUCCAGAAUAUGUGGAACAAGUUAUUAAAGCUGAACGACCCACGGGAGUUCUCUUAACAUUUGGAGGCCAGACAGCAUUGAACUGUGGAGUAGAACUGGAAAAACAGAAGAUAUUUGAAAAAUACAAUGUUAGUGUUCUGGGAACACCUAUUCAGUCAAUAGUGAACACGGAAGAUCGAAAGAUAUUUGCUGAAAAAGUAAAUGCUAUCGGAGAGAAAGUAGCUCCUAGCGCCGCUGUGACUACAAUCGAUGAGGCACUUAUUGCUGCACGUCAAAUCGGGUACCCAGUUAUGGCUAGAUCAGCAUUCUCCUUAGGAGGACUGGGAUCUGGAUUCGCUAAUAAUGAAGAUGAACUUCGAACUCUGGCCCACCACGGACUAUCACAUUCAGAUCAACUUAUUAUCGAUAAGUCUCUUAAAGGUUGGAAAGAAGUUGAAUAUGAAGUUGUCAGGGACGCAUUUAACAAUUGUAUUACAGUUUGCAAUAUGGAAAACGUUGAUCCUCUUGGCAUACAUACCGGUGAAUCAAUAGUAGUGGCGCCAAGUCAAACAUUAUCAAACAGAGAAUAUUACAUGUUACGAAAUACUGCGAUUAAAGUUAUUCAACACUUUGGAAUUGUGGGUGAAUGUAACAUUCAAUAUGCCUUAAAUCCUAACUCAGAGGAAUUCUAUAUUAUUGAAGUAAAUGCUAGAUUGUCUCGAAGUUCAGCUUUAGCCAGUAAGGCAACUGGUUACCCCUUGGCGUAUGUGGCUGCUAAGCUUUCACUGGGUAUACCAUUACCCGUGAUUAAGAACUCUGUUACUGGAGUUACGACUGCAUGUUUCGAGCCAAGUCUCGAUUAUUGUGUAGUCAAAAUUCCAAGGUGGGAUUUAGCUAAGUUUACAAGAGUAAGUACCAAAAUUGGCAGUUCUAUGAAAAGUGUAGGAGAAGUUAUGUCCAUAGGCAGAAACUUUGAAGAAGCAUUCCAAAAAGCAUUGAGGAUGGUAGACGAAAACGUAAACGGUUUCGAUCCUAAUAUUAAAAAGGUAAAUGAAGAUGAAUUAAGAGAACCCACUGAUAAACGAAUGUUUGUCUUAGCGGCUGCUCUAAGAGAAAAUUACACUGUAGAUAAAUUGUAUGAACUCACUAAAAUCGACCAUUGGUUCCUCGAGAAAUUUAAGAACAUUAUUGAUUAUUACAAAAUAUUAGAAGCAGAUCAUCACGGCUCAAUACCUUUUGAUGUCCUAAAGAAAGCGAAGAAAAUCGGUUUUUCCGAUAAACAAAUUGCCGCUGCAAUAAAAAGCACUGAAGUUGCCGUCAGAAAACUAAGAGAAGAAUAUAAAAUAACGCCUUUUGUUAAACAAAUCGAUACAGUUGCCGCUGAAUGGCCGGCUACUACUAAUUAUCUAUACCUGACUUACAAUGGAAGUACACACGAUCUUGAAUUCCCAGGUGGUUUUAUAAUGGUUUUAGGUUCAGGUGUGUACCGCAUAGGUAGUUCUGUUGAGUUCGAUUGGUGUGCUGUUGGAUGUCUUAGAGAGCUUAGAAAUCAAGGCAAAAAGACAAUUAUGGUAAAUUAUAACCCUGAAACUGUGAGUACCGACUACGACAUGAGUGAUCGGUUGUACUUUGAAGAAAUUUCCUUUGAAGUUGUAAUGGAUAUUUACAACAUUGAACAUCCAGAUGGAGUUAUCCUAUCCAUGGGAGGACAGUUACCUAAUAACAUUGCUAUGGAUUUGCAUAGACAGCAAGCGAUUAUUCUUGGUACAUCUCCUGAUAUGAUAGACAAUGCUGAGAAUCGGUUUAAGUUUUCCAGAAUGUUAGACCGUAAAGGUAUAAUGCAACCAAGAUGGAAAGAACUCACAGAUUUAGAAUCUGCGACCAGUUUUUGUGAAGAAGUUGGGUUCCCAUGUUUAGUUCGCCCUUCAUAUGUACUGAGUGGUGCAGCUAUGAACGUUGCUAAUUCGAAUCAGGAGUUGGAAGCCUAUUUAAAAUCAGCUAGCUUGGUUAGCAAAGAACAUCCAGUCGUUAUAUCGAAAUUUAUUAUGGAUGCAAAGGAGAUUGACGUCGAUGUAGUGGCCGCAGACGGUGCCAUAUUGUGUAUGGCAGUAUCUGAGCACGUUGAAAAUGCUGGUGUUCAUUCCGGUGAUGCCACAUUGGUUACUCCACCACAAGACAUAAACAACAAAACGUUAGAAAAAAUAAAGGAAAUUGCUAGUAUAAUAGCUGAAACCCUAGACGUAACCGGUCCCUUUAAUAUGCAGUUGAUCGCUAAAGACAAUGAUCUUAAAGUCAUUGAAUGCAACGUCAGAGUUUCAAGAUCAUUCCCGUUUGUUUCAAAGACCCUGGAUCACGACUUUGUGGCAAUGGCCACUAAAAUAAUCCUGGGUAUACCUGUGGAACCUGUUAACGUCAUGACAGGUUGUGGCAAAGUAGGUGUUAAGGUGCCACAGUUUUCUUUCUCCCGUUUAGCUGGCGCUGAUGUAACUUUAGGUGUUGAAAUGGCAUCUACCGGUGAAGUGGCAUGUUUUGGAGAAAAUCGUUAUGAGGCUUACUUGAAGUCGUUAAUGAGCACUGGCUUUAGAAUACCCAAGAAGGCUAUUCUUUUAUCCGUGGGAACGUUCAAGCAUAAAAUGGAACUGCUUCCUAGUGUCAGGAUUUUGCACAAAAUGGGAUAUAAACUGUACGCAAGUAUGGGGACUGGAGAUUUCUAUGCUGAGCACGGUGUUGAUGUUGAGAGCGUCCAAUGGACCUUCGAUCACAUAGGUGAUCCCGAGGAUGUAAGAUCUGACGGAGAACUUAUGCACUUGGCUGACUUUAUGGCAAGACGUGAAUUAGAUUUGGUAAUCAAUCUACCCAUGCGAGGCGGAGCUCGUCGAGUAUCUUCAUUUUCGACUCAUGGAUAUCGUACUCGUCGUCUAGCUGUGGAUUACGCCGUGCCAUUAGUUACGGAUGUCAAAUGCGCCAAACUCUUAGUCCAGGCUAUGCAUCUGUGCGGUGGUGCACCACUCAUGAAAACUCAUACAGACUGCAUGACUUCGCGCAAUAUAAUAAAAUUACCAGGUUUUAUUGAUGUACACGUACAUGUCCGCGAACCUGGUGCAACAUACAAAGAAGAUUUUGCAACAUGUACUGCAGCUGCCUUAGCAGGAGGUAUCACAAUGAUAUGUGCAAUGCCAAACACGAACCCUCCAGUAAUUGAUCGAGCAUCUUAUGAUUAUGCAUCUGCAUUGGCACGAGUUAGUGCUCGAUGUGACUACGCACUCUUCAUGGGCGCCUCUAGCAGUAACUGUGAAACUGCUGCUGAAAUGGCACCACAGGCGGCUGCCCUAAAAAUGUAUCUCAAUGAGACGUAUACCACUCUUAAAUUAGAUGAUAUGACAGUUUGGCAGAAACAUCUUCAGAAUUGGCCUAAGAAGAUGCCCGUUUGUGCUCAUGCAGAGCGAGAAAAAACUGGAGCUAUUAUCUUGAUGGCAUCUCUACUAGAUAGACCAAUACAUAUUUGUCAUGUGGCUAGAAAAGAAGAAAUUCUAAUUAUUAAAUCAGCUAAAGAAAGAGGUUUAAAAGUUACUUGUGAAGUAUGUCCUCAUCACUUAUUCUUGAGCACAGGAGAUAUUGAUGAAAUUGGAGCAGGACGAGCUGAAGUGCGACCAGUAUUAUGUAGCCCAGAGGACCAAGCAGAGCUAUGGAAAAAUAUAGAUAUAAUAGACGUAUUUGCUACGGACCACGCACCGCAUACCGUUGAAGAAAAGAACUCUGAAAAGCCACCUCCUGGCUUCCCUGGAUUGGAAACAAUAUUGCCACUACUUUUGAAUGCAGUACACGAAGGCCGUUUAACGAUGGAGGAUCUUAUUAAUAAAUUCCACCGCAAUCCUCGUAAAAUAUUCAAUUUGCCCGAACAACCGAAUACGUACGUAGAAGUAGAUAUGGACUUUGAAUGGACGAUUCCUCAAGCAAUGGAAUUUUCUAAAUCAAAGUGGACUCCGUUUGCCGGUAUGCAAGUUUGUGGAGCUGUUCACCGUGUAACCUUACGCGGUGAAAUUGCAUACGUCGAAGGACAAGUUUUGGUACCUCCGGGCUUUGGUCAAAAUAUACGUGAUUGGCCAGCACCCAAAAAACAAACAUUCCCCGUUGUCGAAAAAGUUGAAAAAGACUUUAGCCGACCAAACUCGGCCCUCGACAUCCACGUAUCUACUGCAGAUACUAGUAGAGUCAGUGAUAUUGAUUUUGAUCAAAUCGAUAAUAGGCCUGAUGGUCAAUCUAAACCCAAUGUUCACUUCAGUGAAAUUGCUACAACAAGAUGUCUGUCCCCUCUACCACCUCAGGUGUCCAGACAGCGAUGUGACAGUACUUCGAAUUACAAUCCUCCCGCUUCGACAGCUGCUCAACGGCAACGUAGCGACUUAUUUGGUAAAAGUAUAUUAACCGUUGAUUCCUUUAGUAAGGAUACUCUAAACGACAUAUUUAACUUAGCCCAGUUUAUGAAAACCAGUGUGAAUAAGGGCCGCUAUUUAGAUGAUAUUUUACGAGGAAAAGUAAUGGCUUCUGUAUUUUAUGAAGUGAGCACUCGUACUAGUUGCAGUUUUGCAGCAGCAAUGCAAAGAUUGGGUGGUUCAGUAAUCCAUACUGAUGCUACUAGUUCAUCAGCCAAAAAAGGCGAAACUUUAGAAGACAGUGUGUCAGUCAUGGCUAGCUACUCUGACGUAGUUGUACUUCGCCACCCAGAGCCUGGAGCAGUCAAACGUGCUGCUCGACACAGUCGCAAGCCUAUUAUAAAUGCAGGAGACGGUAUUGGAGAACACCCAACACAAGCACUUCUGGAUGUGUUUACCAUUCGAGAAGAAAUUGGUACCGUGAAUGGUUUAACAAUCACCAUGGUCGGAGACUUAAAGAAUGGACGGACUGUUCAUUCUCUUGCUCGUCUUCUAACUCUUUACCAAGUGCAACUCCAAUACGUCAGCCCGCCAGGACUGGGCAUGCCAAAGCAUAUCACAGAUUACGUAGCUUCAAAAGGUAUACCGCAAAGAGUGUACGAAAGAUUGGAAGAUGUGUUAGCAGAUACGCAUGUUCUGUACAUGACAAGAAUUCAACGCGAAAGAUUUGAAAGUCAAGAAGAAUAUGAAAAGACUCGAGGGCUACUGGUCGUAACUCCACAGCUGAUGACGCGCGCACGUCGCCGUAUGGUAGUGAUGCACCCGCUGCCGCGUGUUGACGAGAUCUCCGCGGACUUUGACUCCGACCCUCGUGCCGCAUACUUUAGACAAGCCGAGUACGGCAUGUACGUGCGAAUGGCCCUGCUCUCUAUGGUAGCUGGUGUCAAUCCACUGACGUAACCAAUCACUUCGAAUUUAGCUGUAUGUACGCUGUAUGCUGUAAUAACUCAUUAUAACGUAAUCAAUGAUCGUUUGACGCUUUGAUUAUGAAGCAUUAAAUUUCCGGCUGAUAAGUAUCAAAAUCCUGAAAUCAGUGAAUAAAAUCUUAUAUCAAAAAUUAAUUAUAACGUACCGCCUUUUCAUGCUUCUGAAUCGUAUUAUAGAUUACGCAUAUCAGCAAUUUUAACAAGGGAUCUAAGAAUUCAGAUCGUGAGAUAUAAUUAUAUCAAGUACCUAAAUCUGUAGCACUGCUUUGUUUAAAAUGUAUAUCUAACAGGAAAAUUUAAGGCAAAUCAGUAUCGGACAACUAACCCUAUACUUCUUAUAAGUUAGGUUUUGGUUGGCCCAGAAAUUGGACUUUUUAAUUAGGGAUCAUAAUAUGGACAUGCAGAUAUACAAAAACAAACCUCACCACUUUAUCAACUCCAAUGAUGCUAUAACUCUUAUAGGAACUAUAAAUAAAAAAAUGAUGUAAGAACAAUUCCGCGUAAGACCAUUGUUUAUUCAGAUAGGAAUAAUGGAUGAGCAAUUUAUUUAAAUACAGUUUCCAGAUUACAAUGUUAGUUAGAGACUACAACUAAGUACAUUAAAUAUAAUACGUUUCUAUUGUUAUUAUUAGUUCAACUAAUGAUACCUCAAUAUUGUGUGAUAAUAUGUAUCUUCCUUUUAACCAUUUUAACCACGUUACAAAUGGUAUUUUAUCUAAAUUUUACAAAAUUUUAUAGCCAUUAAGUAAAAAUAUUAAUAAAAUUAUGUUUAACUA